GUCGUUUCUUGCAGCAGAACUCCUUAUAUGAAUAGUGAAGAAUGGAACUGUUAGCCUUGGUUUUCUGUCUCAUAAGCACUGCUAUUGCCUAUCCGAUGCAUCAACAAACUCCCGGAACACAAGGUUUGGCAAGCAUAAGCCUUGAGACUAUGAGACAACAGGCUGCUGAUACAUUGACGGCACCAUUAAGUCAGAUUUCAAGGUUUGGAUAUAACGAUCCUUAUUCAGUACUAUGGCUACAUGGCCUCCUUCCACCCCAUUCCUCUUAUCCAUGGCUGCAUCAAAGACCACAGCUGUCAGACAACCAGCAGUUUGAAUAUGCCUUGCCUAUCCAUCCUCCUCCAUUACCCGGAGCACAGUCUCCAGCUCAGACAGAGAAAGCAGGUCAGCAUACUCAGAAUAUACCCCAACAGCCACAAGCAGCAGCUUCAACUGAUCAGCUCUCUCAUCAGCCAUCGUUACCUCUUGGUUUUCCGAUUCUACAGCAAGCAGAUCCAGCAAUAACUCCACCUAAAGGGGGACCUGUAGAUGGUCAAAUCCAAACGGUAGCAUUGUAUAUGUACCAAACAAUAAUGAAUAAACUACUGCAACAAGGAGCAGGAGAGAUAAUGCCAGAUCCAGCCGGCACUCCCCCAGUGCAUCAACAACACCCAUAUCCUGGACUAUUCUUUAUGCAGUAUGGUGGAGGACCUGGUGGACCUCCAGCAAGGCUCGGUGCAAUGAGUUCAGAAGAAAUAACAGGGGGCCGUGCUGGUGCUGCUCAUGCUUUUAGUUCCUUAUACCCAGGGCUUUUAGGUAUGGGUCCAGGACUUGGAAGCCAGCCACAGAAUCCAGCUUUACAAGGAGACUUUACAAUAGAAGAUGACUCUCCAAUAGCAGGAGGAAAACCAACUGUAUCUAAAGGUCCUAUUGAAAGUCCACAAGCAGUUGGCCCAAGCCUAAUAAUCCCAGGUUCCGAGGGAAAUCUAAAUGGCCAGGGUGAAACUGUGGCAUUCCCUAACAUCAAUUUACCAAAUUUUGCUUUUAAUCCACAAAGUCAAAGUAAAUUGCCACCAGGUGUCACACCCGCAAAUGCUCCAAGGUUGACCUAUGAUACUGGUGCUGGAUUUGUUCCAUUUGCACUGGAUGAUACCAUACCUUUUAGUGUACAAAGAGAAAAUGUCAUCACUGGAGAAAUGACUCAGGCAAAUAAUGCUAAAACUAUUGAUUCACCCAUCAUGCAUGAGGUUCACCUACAGAACCAUAAUAAUUACUUUCAGGAACCAUGAAUAGCCAUAGGCAAACUCUUUCAUUUACCUUCCUUUUGUUUUUUGAGAGAGAUAGGCUUAGUAAACAUGACAUAAUAUAUUUCAGGUAUAUAUUUCUAUUAUUCAUAUCUAAUUAUGUAGAGAACAAGCAUAACCAUUUAGAAGCAUCAUGCUACUUUUAGACUGCAUGCUUUAAAACUAUGAUUGGUGCACUCAGCAUUCACAGACACAAAUACUAAUUACUAAAUAUUUCAGUUUCUCUCAGUUUUAUUUCACUGUCUGGUACAUGGGACUGCUUCAUAGGGAAUCUGCAUGAAAUAUUAUAUACAUAACCUUAAAUCUGCCUGAUGCCAGUUCCUAACAUAAUAGCUUGUUUGGAGAAAGAGAGUUAUGGUGGAGCUAAUAUUGAUAAACCAAUACGUGGGCUCCUCAUGCUAAUCCAGUUAGCUGAAUUUGAUAUAAGAACUGUGAAUAAUUAUGAUGAAAAUUACAUAUUUACUUGCUCUUAUGGAAGAUUCAACAUCAACUCAAAUGUUUGUUUUCGCUUAAAGCUUUUAUAGCGUAACAUGUGCAGUAAUCCGUAAUGUAAAUAUAUCAGAUAAGUUAUAAUGUAAUUCAAAUUCUCAAAGCUGAAACUAAUAAAAGACAAAAGGCAUUCCA